AUGCCUGCUGCCACUGCGCCCGCUGGCACCAACGGCACCAAGACGCCCGUUGGCCUGUCUGCCAAUGACAACAUCACUCGGUUUGCGGCGCCCAGCCGGCCGUUGAGCCCGCUCCCCGCCCAUGCGCUCUUCAACGAGAAGACCCGCUGCUUCGUCUACGGUCUGCAGCCCCGUGCCGUGCAGGGCAUGCUGGACUUUGACUUCAUCUGCAAGCGCCCAACACCGUCCGUCGCUGGCAUUAUCUACACCUUUGGUGGCCAGUUCGUCAGCAAGAUGUACUGGGGUACCAGCGAGACCCUCCUGCCCGUCUACCAGGAGGUCUCCAAGGCCAUGGCCAAGCACCCCGACGUUGACGUCGUGGUCAACUUCGCCUCGUCCCGCAGUGUCUACAGCUCGACUCUUGAGCUGAUGGAGAACCCCCAGAUCCGCACCAUCGCCAUCAUUGCCGAGGGCGUCCCGGAGCGGAGAGCUCGUGAGAUUGCCCACAUCGCCAAGAAGAAGGGCAUCACCAUCAUUGGCCCCGCCACCGUCGGUGGCAUCAAGCCCGGCUGCUUCAAGAUUGGCAAUACUGGUGGCAUGAUGGACAACAUUGUCGCCUCCAAGCUGUACCGCAAGGGCUCUGUCGGUUACGUCUCCAAGUCGGGCGGCAUGUCCAACGAGCUCAACAACAUCAUUUCCCAGAACACGGAUGGAGUCUACGAGGGUGUGGCCAUUGGCGGUGAUCGCUAUCCUGGCACCACCUUUAUUGACCAUCUGCUGCGCUACCAGGCCGACCCCGAGUGCAAGAUUCUGCUACUGCUCGGUGAGGUCGGUGGUGUUGAGGAGUACAAGGUCAUUGACGCCGUCAAGAAGGGCGUCAUCACCAAGCCGAUUGUCGCCUGGGCCAUCGGCACGUGCGCGAGCAUGUUCAAGACCGAGGUGCAGUUCGGCCACGCCGGUGCCUUUGCCAACUCCCAGCUGGAGACGGCUGCCACCAAGAACAAGACGAUGCGGGAAGCCGGCUUCUUCGUUCCUGACACGUUCGAGGACAUGCCCGCCCUCCUGAAGACCGUGUACGAUAAGCUUGUCAAGGAGGGUACCAUCAAGCCCAGCGCUGAGCCGAUUGUGCCCAAGAUCCCCAUCGACUACUCGUGGGCGCAGGAGCUGGGUCUCAUCCGCAAGCCCGCCGCCUUCAUCUCCACGAUCUCCGACGACCGUGGCCAGGAGCUGCUGUACGCUGGCAUGCCCAUUUCAGAUGUGUUCAAGGAGGACAUUGGCAUCGGCGGUGUCAUGUCGCUGCUGUGGUUCCGUCGUCGCCUGCCCGAUUACGCUUCCAAGUUCCUGGAGAUGGUGCUGAUGCUGACGGCCGACCACGGUCCGGCUGUGUCGGGUGCCAUGAACACCAUUAUCACCACGCGUGCCGGCAAGGACCUGAUCAGCGCGCUGGUGUCGGGUCUGCUGACUAUUGGCUCGCGAUUCGGCGGUGCCCUGGACGGCGCCGCUGAGGAGUUCACGCGCGCCUUUGACAAGGGCCUGAGCCCCCGCGAGUUCGUCGACAGCAUGCGCAAGGCGAACAAGCUGAUUCCCGGUAUCGGCCACCGUGUCAAGUCACGGAACAACCCGGAUCUGCGUGUCGAGCUGGUGAAGCAGUACGUCACGGAGAAGUUCCCCAACCACAAGCUGCUCGACUACGCGCUGGCCGUCGAGUCGGUGACGACGUCGAAGAAGGACAACCUGAUUCUCAACGUCGACGGCUGCGUCGCUGUCUGCUUCGUUGACCUGAUGCGCAACUGCGGUGCGUUUAGCGCCGAGGAGGCCGAGGAUUACCUGAAGAUGGGUGUCUUGAACGGUCUGUUCGUUCUUGGCCGGAGUAUCGGUCUGAUUGCGCACUACCUCGACCAGAAGAGACUGCGCACCGGCCUGUACCGUCACCCUUGGGACGACAUCACCUACCUGCUGCCGCAGCUCAAUGCUGGCCCGCCGGGUGCCGAGGGCCGUGUGGAGGUGCAGAUGUAA